AAUUUUGUGGUCUGCUUGAGCCUGGAGACAGCUGUUUCUAGAGGCUGGUUGAAUCGUAGAAUUUAUUUUGCUCUCGCGUUCUUUUCUCAAUAAACAAAAAUGAAUCGAGCAAUACAACUGUUGGUAAAAAGUGCUAGGGUAAUUAAGCCUUCAACAAGGACCAUUAGCACCACACCUGCUAUGAAUUCAGGAGCCUGGGCAUAUCGCGCAACUGGAAGUCAUUUUCUGCCAAAGAAACAUUAUAUGGCUGCUGAAUUUAUUGGAGCCGUUAUGUGGUACUGGAUUCUGAUUCACUUAUGGCAUGAACCAGAACAUAUUACGGGUGAUUUCCCUUAUCCUGACCCUUCAAAAUGGACAAAUGCAGAACUUGGAAUUCCUGAAGAGUAACUUAGAAAGAAUUCAAUUGCAAGUUAAAUGUACUAUAAAACCAGAUGUUUGGUAGCAUACAAUAAAUUUAAAGGAAUCA